UGUAAAGUAUGAUCGUUUUCGUAGGGAAGAAGAAAGUUGUUACGAAGAAGGAAAGAAUUUAGAGAGAGAAACUGAAAAGCAAAACGUAUUUUGCCUCGCUGGAAACAAACUCUAUAAUUCGAUUUUGACUCUCAAUUAUCGAUUCCUAAUUUUUUCGUUCUCUUCUUUUUCCUUCUCCCUUUUUCCCCUCUUCGCUUUUUCUUUCUCUCCUCUUCCUUCUCGUUCUCUCUCGCACACAGCAAUGUCUUACGCAUAUCUCUUCAAGUACAUCAUCAUCGGCGAUACUGGAGUUGGAAAGUCGUGUCUUCUACUUCAGUUCACCGACAAGCGCUUUCAACCUGUCCAUGACCUGACCAUUGGUGUUGAGUUUGGUGCUAGGAUGAUCACGAUCGAUAAUAAGCCAAUCAAGUUGCAAAUAUGGGAUACGGCAGGUCAAGAAUCCUUCAGAUCUAUUACAAGGUCGUAUUACAGAGGGGCUGCAGGUGCACUGCUUGUUUAUGAUAUAACCAGGAGGGAGACAUUUAAUCACUUGGCUAGCUGGUUGGAAGAUGCAAGGCAGCAUGCAAAUGCGAAUAUGACAAUUAUGCUGAUUGGAAACAAGUGUGAUCUUGCUCACAGACGGGCUGUAAGCACAGAAGAAGGUGAACAGUUUGCAAAGGAGCACGGGUUGAUCUUCAUGGAGGCCUCAGCAAAAACUGCUCAGAAUGUUGAAGAGGCUUUCAUAAAAACAGCUGGAACCAUAUACAAAAAGAUUCAGGAUGGAGUUUUUGAUGUAUCAAAUGAGUCUUAUGGAAUAAAAGUAGGAUAUGGUGGAAUUCCCGGACCAUCUGGAGGUAGGGAUGGCCCUUCUGCUGCUGGUGGAAGCUGCUGCAGUUGAAGUAAAACAAACAUAUUGCAACCUGUUUGUUUCAAAUGUAGUUCUUUAUGUACUCUCUUCUCUUUUGGGUUUGGAUAUAUGAAAGUAUAUACGUUUGUCGUGGGUUGAUUAAAUCAGAUAAUUGUAUAAUGGCCUAUUUUAAAUCUUCGACUUAAACUGACUAUUUGUUUAUAUUUGUGUGCAUAGUUAAUUGAUUUGUUGUUUCA